AACCAGUCGUUGUGACAUGUGGCAGAAAUGGCGCAGAAAGGAGUUCAGCUGAAUCCGAAAACACUUUCCUGUUCAAUCUGCUUGGAUCUACUGAAGGAUCCAGUGACUAUUCCCUGUGGACACAGCUACUGUAUGAGCUGUAUUAAAAACCACUGGGAUGGAGAAGAUAUGAAGAGCAUCCACAGCUGCCCUCAGUGCAGACAGACCUUCACACCCAGGCCUGUCCUGGUCAAAAACAGCAUGUUGGCAGAUUUAGUGGAACAGCUGAAGAAGACUGGACUUGAACCUGGUGCUGCUGACCACUGCUACGCUGGAGCUGAAGAUGUGGUCUGUGAUGUGUGCACUGGGAGGAAACUGAAAGCUGUCAAGUCCUGUCUGGUGUGUUUGGUCUCCUACUGCCACAAACACCUUCAGCCUCAUCAUGAUGUACCUCAGUUAAAGAAACACAAGCUGGUGGAUCCGUCAGCAAAGCUCCAGGAGAACGUCUGCUCUCGUCAUGAUGAGGUGAUGAAGAUGUUCUGCCGCACUGAUCAUCAGUGUAUCUGUUAUCUGUGCUCUGUGGAUGAACAUAAAGGCCACGACACAGUCUCAUCUGCAGCAGAAAGGACUGAGAGGCAGACAGAGCUGGAGGUGAGUCGACAGAAAAUCCAGCAGAGAAUCAAAGACAAACAGAAAGAUGUGAAGGUGCUUCAACAGGAGGUGGAGACCAUCAGACACUGUGCUGAUGAAGCAGUGGAGAAGAACCACAAGAUCCUGACUGAGCUGAUCCGACUGAUGGAAGAAAGAAGGCGUGAUGUGGAGAAGCAGAUCAGAUCCAAGGAGGAAACUGAAGUGAGUCGAGUCAAAGAGCUGGAGUUGAAGCUGGAGCAGGAGAUCACUGAGCUGAGGAGGAAAGAUGCUGAGAUGGACAAACUGUCACACACACACGACCACAUCCAGUUUUUACUCCAGUAUCCAUCAGUGUCCAAACUCAGUGAAGAUCCAGACUCAUCCAACAUCGACAUCCAUCCUCGGAGUUAUUUUGAGGAUGUGACGACAGCUGUGUCAGAGCUCAGAGAUAAACUACAGCACAGUCUGACAGAGGAAUGGACCAACAUCUCACUGAGAAUCACUGAAACACAGGUUUCACUGAUUAACCCUGAACCACAGACCAGAGCAGAAUUCUUAAAGUGUUCAUGUAAAAUCACACUGGAUCCAAACACAGUGAAUGAACAUCUGUCACUGUCUGAGGAGAAUAGAAGAGUAACAUGUGUGAUUCAAAAACAGAACUACCCUCCUCAUCCAGACAGAUUCCUUUUUCUUUAUCAGGUCCUAAGCAGCGAGAGUCUGACUGGUCAAUGUUACUGGGAGGUGGAGUGGAGUGGGAGGGGCGUUGAGGUCGCAGUUGCAUAUAAGGAUAUUAAGAGAAAAGAAAUCUCUGAUGAAUGUACGUUUGGACACAAUGACAAAUCUUGGGCUUUAUGUUGUAACAAAAACGCUCCUGUAUUUCGGUACAACAGUGUCAGUUCUUCUCUCUCAGGUCCAGUUUCGUCCAGAAUCGGAGUGUACCUGGAUCACACAGCAGGUAUUCUGUCCUUCUACAGCGUCUCUGAAACCAUGACUCUGAUCCACAGAGUCCAGACCACAUUCACUGAACCUCUGUAUGCUGGAGUUUGGCUUUUGUAUCGGAAGGAUGGAUCCACUGCCCACUUUCCUAAACUCCAGUAAACUCAUCGUUAACUUUGAACCAGUUGAUCAGAUCAAUAUUUAUGAAUCUGUCUCUAAACCACACGACAGAAAAACUGAUCAACUUUUUUUCCCCUGAACUCACAAUCCAGAUUUGGUCCCAUUCAGUCUUUUUCCUGAGGAUUCUAAUAGUCAACUCUAUGUGACUAUCAACCAGCCAAUCGUCUGUUUAUAAAACCAUCUCUGAUGUUCACAGAGCUGUCAUGAACUGAGGACGACACAACAAGACUUUCAUCAUGUCUGUGUUUUUGAGGAAGUAAAACAAAGUGGUGCCGUUUUUCUACUUUGGAGGAGUUUCGUUCAAAUCUACUGUUCUUUCCUGUUUCCUAAAGAAGCAGCGUGGACUGACGAGGCUCAGUCAUGUGACUGGAAUGGGUUUCAGAUAAUAGUGGAACCUGAUUGGUUCAGUUACAAACACAUGGACAUGGAUUUGGAGACAACGAGAGAAGUGGAGAUAAUAAACAAACUCAGACUGAGGCUGAGCUCAUGUAUGUAAACCUGUUAAUCAGAUUUAGUUUAUUUUGUGCAUUGUUAAACGGAUCGUUAUAAAUGGUAGUUGAAUGUGACUUUAAAUUUUACAAUGUCAGGUGAAUAUCAUACAUCAUGCAUCAUGAGCCAAAAUGGAGAAGAGAAAAAGUAACAUCAUUAGUUGUCUGUUUAAUCUUUACAUUACAAAGUUAUUUUGCUUGAAGAGUCCUUUUAAUUUUUGCAAGUCUUAAGUUAUAUUCUGAGUUAUAUUUUCCAACUGUAUCUUGUAUUUUUAUUUUAAGAGGUACUGAACAGUCAGGUUUGAUUUGUGUGUGUGUGUGGUUUUGAUUGA